UAAAGCUUCUUUCUGCUCUCCUACACAGGCAGGAGCAAGAGGCCCCUGGAGUCACUGCCACUGGGAGCUUCGGAGCAUCAACGGUAACAAUGACCUCUUUGCUUCUGCUGUGUUUGUUCGUGCCCCUCAUCUCUGCAACAACAUUUGAAGAUCAUGCAGAUUUGGACAGCACAUUAACAGUGAGCAUACCCUUGGAGAUGCCCCUUCGACCACUGCUGGGGGGCAAAGUGGUGGUGCCAUGUUACUUCCAAGAUAACACGGUCAAAGAUCCUGGUGCUCCAACUGUUCCACCGCUCUCCCAUCGCAUCAAGUGGUCCUACGUCACAAAGGAAAAAGUCACUACCAUUCUGGUGGCAUCAGAGGGAAAGGUUCAGGUACAGGCAGAAUAUUUGGACAGAGUGACAAUGGUCAACUACCCCCUGGUGGCCACAGACGCCACACUAGAAAUAACAGAGCUGAGGACCAAAGAUUCUGGCACCUAUCGCUGCGAGGUGACGCAAGGCAUCGAGGAUAACUACGACUCUGUGGAAAUCCUUGUUCAAGGUAUCGUGUUCCACUACCGAGCCAUUACCACCCGCUACACGCUGACGUUUGAGAAAGCCAAGGCUGCAUGUAUCCAAAACAGCGCCACCAUUGCUACUCCCGCCCAGCUGCAGGCUGCCUAUGAUGAUGGAUACCACCAGUGUGAUGCUGGGUGGCUCUCUGAUCAAACCGUUAGGUACCCCAUUCACUUUCCCAGAGAACCUUGCUACGGAGACAAGGAAAACUUCCCAGGUGUGAGAACUUAUGGAGUCAGAGACGUCAAUGAGACCUAUGACGUGUACUGCUUUGCCGAGAAGAUGUCAGGCAGAGUCUUCUACUCCAUGUCAGUGGAGAAGUUCACUUUCUAUGAAGCAAAAGAUCAGUGUGGUAAACUUGGUGCCCGACUGGCUACUACUGGAGAACUUUACCUGGCCUGGAAAGGUGGUAUGGAUGUGUGUAAUGCUGGCUGGCUGGCUGACCAAAGUGUGCGCUAUCCCAUUAACAUUGCCAGGCCUCAGUGUGGAGGGGGUCUUCUGGGAGUGAGAACUGUCUAUCUGCACGUCAACCAGACAGGAUAUCCGUACCUAGACACUCGCUACGAUGCCAUCUGCUACCGAGACGGUGAUGAUGAGAAUGUAGUGCCUGGAAGGACCACGCCUUUCCCUGACAUCAUUCGAAUAACCCCUGCUCCUGGGGUAUUACCUAGCAUCACUCCAACCCCUGGGGGUGAAGAGAUCAGGGGUGGGGAGGUGGACAUCCUGACUCCACUACCUGUUCCUCCGAGUAUGACAGAAAUUGAUGCUCCAAUGGGUCCCAAAGGUGUUGUUUUCCACUACCGACCCAUCACCGGUCGAUACACUCUGACCUUUGUGGAGGCUCAGGAGGCCUGCAAGAGUAUCGGGGCAGUCAUCGCAAGUGGCCAGCAGCUGCACGCAGCCUUUGAGAAAGGCCUGCAUCAAUGUGAUGCUGGCUGGCUCCGUGACCAGACUGUUAGGUAUCCAAUUGUGUCACCCAGAGAUAAUUGUGCAGGAAAUCUUCACGGCCUUCCAGGAGUCAGAUCCUACGGCCUGAGACCAGCCAGUGAACAAUAUGAUGUCUUUUGUUAUGUAGAAAGUUUACAAGGGGAGGUCUUCUUCACCAGUGACUAUGACAGCUUCUCUUACGAGGAGGCUGUGCAGCAUUGUCAGAAACUCAACACCACCCUGGCCACCACAGGCCAGCUGUACGCUGCCUGGAACCAAGGCCUGGACAAGUGUCGUCCAGGCUGGCUUUUGGACCGCAGCGUUCGCUAUCCUAUUACAACUCCCAGGUCUCACUGUGGAGGAGGCCAGGUGGGAGUUCACAUCAUUUAUGCCUUCCCCAACCAGACAGGAUUCCCUGAUGAGCACUCGCGCUAUGACGCAUACUGUUUCAAAGGUUCAGUUGAAAUUCCAGUUGUUCACAUUGAAAAUGAAACCAGUGUAAAUCAGACAGAAGUGACUGAGGAGGUCAUCAUUAAGACAGUAGUGACAGUUGACCAGUUACCACCCAUUGAAACAACAGUAGUCUACAAUGAAACUGUGUCUGGAGAAAACAUUACUGACACUGAGGAGUUUAUUAACAAGACAACCAUCACCAUUGUCCUACGCCCGGUUACUCCUGCGACUCCUUCAUUAGCCCCCACUCCUGUUGACACAUCAGGUUCUGGUUCAGCUGAUCACUCAGCCAGUGGGGAACCCUCAGCCAGUGGGGAACCCUCAGCCAGUGGGGAGCCCUCAGCCAGUGGGGAGCCAGUAGAGUCUGGUGCCAGUGCCAGUGGUGACAUCUCUGGUUCAGGACAGGGUAUCAGCUUUAUUGGAAACACUAGCAUCAUCUCUGGAGACAGCUCGGCUUCUGGAAUUCCCGAGGAGGUAGAGGGAGGACGUGUCAUCUUCUCAGGAGAUGUUUCUGGUUCUGCUUCAGGAUCAGGGGAGGUGAUCGAUGGGCAGCAAUCUGGCUUUGGGGUAUCAGGAUCGGGCUUUACCAGUGGAAGUGGGGACAUCAGUGGAAGUGGGGACAUCACUGGAAGUGGGGACAUCAGUGGAAGCUGAAGUGGGGACAUCAGUGGAAGGGACAUCAGUGGAAGUGGGGACAUCACUGGAAGUGGGGACAUCAGUGGAAUGGGCGAGACAAGUGGAAGUGGGAUCGCGAGUGGUAGCGGAGCCAUAAGUGGAAGUGGAGACCUUAGUGCCAGUGGAGACCUUAGUGGCAGUGGAGAACUGGUGAUCAUCAUGGUGGAUGGAAAGAUGGUGAAAGUCCCAACAACACACAGGAAACCUGACGAGCAGCUGCUGGGAAAGGAGGGUGUGGAAAUAAUUGAAUUUAGUGCAUCUGGUGCAUCUGGAUCAGCAAGUGCCUCUGGGUCAGCCUCUGGAGAACUUUCUGGCAUCUCAUUUAUUGACCACAGCGGUAUUGACCUGACAGCUGAGCCGUCGGGUGAGCAGGAGCUGUCUGGAUAUCGACCCUAUGGCUCAGGGUUCCACAGCGGCCUUCCAAGCGGGUUUGUGUCUGGUGAAUCAGGCAGUGGUUCUGCCUCCGGAGAUGCUUCCCAGCACAGCGGUAGCAUCGUCUUCAUAACAGAUGAGGAGAUGAUUGAAGUAACCGGGUCACCACUAGAACGUCAACCUGAGCAAGGCAGAGGGGUGGUGGAAGUAAGUGGGUCAGGGAGCGGCUCAGGGAUCCACCUUGAAUUCAGCAGUACCUCGGAUCAAAGCUUUCAUAUUUCAGGGAUUGAAGUCAGUCCUGAGGAAGUGAGAACUGACGGCCUGUCAGUUGUCCUGCCGCCUGAAUCAACAGUGUCCCACAGUGGCUACAUCGCUAAUCUAAGGCAAUCAGGACUUGGGGAGGUGGAACAAGUGACUGACGCAGUCAUUGUAGUGACCCCUGACCCAGACUACACCUUCCCCACCACAGUACCAUCGGUGUCAUUACCAAGUCCUUCUGUUAUGAAGGAGCCUGAAGUAGUAGAAGACCCUUGUGAUCCAAACCCCUGUGGUUCGGGAAAAUGUUCGGUGCAGGCAGAGAUUGCUGUAUGCGAGUGUCCCAACGGUUUCACCGGUGAAGAUUGCUCAGAACCGCUGCAGGGCUGUGCUGAAGGCUGGUUGGAUUUCAGGGGCAGCUGCUACCUUCACUUUGCAGAGAGAUAUACCUGGACGGACGCAGAGCAGCGCUGUCAGGAGCUAAACGCUCAUCUGGUUAGCAUCAGCUCCCAGGAAGAGCAGCAGUUUGUCAACUCAAACGGACAAGACUACCAAUGGAUUGGACUCAACGACAAAGAUGUGCAGAAUGAGUUCCACUGGACAGACGGAAGUCCUCUGAGCUUUGUGAACUGGAGGCCCAACCAGCCAGAUAACUACUUCAACUCUGAGGAGGACUGUGUGGUGAUGAUCUGGCACGAGGGAGGACAGUGGAAUGAUGUGCCCUGCAAUUACCACCUUCCCUUUACAUGCAAAACUGGACCAGUCAUGUGCGGAGCUCCCCCUGUGGUGGAACAUGCACGGCCGAUGGGCGGAAGCAAAGAUCGCUACCCUGUCAACUCUAUAGUUCGCUAUCAGUGUGAUGCAGGCUACACACAGCGCCACCUAUCUGUUAUACACUGUUUGCCAGAUGGACAGUGGGGGGAGCCACAAGUGGAAUGCACAGCUGACGCCAACAGUAACAGACUACACAAAAGGUCCGUCAGGAGAAGACGUGCAGUGGUCAGACGCCAACAGGAACAGAGGAAGUUACUCUGAGCAGCACAGAAAAGGACAUGCAAGAGCCAGAAAGGACCCCUUUUUAAAGGAGCAUGGACACCAAUGCAAAUGCCCGACCAAAAAGAUAACAUUCCAUCCCAUGUAUAUACACACAUACUAAAGCACAUUUAGACCAGACUAAAUAGCAACAUUUAAUAAAGUUUUGGUUGUUUGUGUGUCACUCUACCCCCCCUUUCUGUUGACGAUUGUCUGAUUUACACUAUUUACGUUUUUUGAGGUGGUUUCUUUGAAAGAACGAUCCCCAUUUAGCGACUGACACUUUCCACGGUUGGUUGAAGUCUGAGUGACACACAAACAAUGUCCAAAACAGUCCAAGGUUUUUUCAGUUACAACAGGUCUCUGUUAUGUCAGACAUAGAUUUUUGCUAUUGUAGAGUAUUUUUCUAGUUCGGUGCUUGUUAGUGUUUUUUUUUUUUAAUUUAUGUGUGAUCUUGAGACUGGUGAAACAGUCACAGGGCAGGACGGUGAUUCCCAAAUUUAUUAGUUGUGAUUCCACAAGUUAUUGCAGAAUCUACAUUAUUUCAAUGUAGCUAAAGGUUCAAAAGAGGGGAAAAAAUACAAAUAUUUGUGUGAUAAAUAAUGCUUUAGGAGAGCCAUACUGUGUUGUCACAACCUCUGGUUUGAGAACCACCGUGAACUGAUGGCUCUAAGAACGCAAAGGGCUGGAAAAUUUACAGUGAAUCUUCACACUUCCCAUGAAAAGUUAGGUUGUCGUGCUAACGGCUAAGAUGUGUAGCACAAUGGCAGCCAAGUCUCUCUAAAGCUCCAUGGUAAUUGUGUUGUCAAACUUAUAUUUAGCAUUUAUUAUUAAUAUUAAUAUUUUUAAAUACAGUUGUUGCAGUAUGUUCUGGUAAAAAUUGAAUAUCUAAAUUCACACACAUUUAUUCCAGUAAUAUCACCAAAAAUCACCUAUUUAUUUUGCUUUAUUACAUGAACUCCUGUGUGAAUUUACUCCAAUUCCCAGGAAACACUGAAAUGUUCCAGUGUUUUGUAAACUUAGGACGAUUGUGCUGUUCCAUUCAAUAAUGAAUAAAAGUCCAUGAAGGGCUCCCAGUUACGGUAACAGAGCUGGAUUAAAAAUAAUCAGCACUCAUGCACUUUUAGGAUUCAGCAGUUACAUCUGUGCUAUUCACCUGGAUCCAGUGCACUUUAGAGAGUUUCACAACAAUGGUACGAAUAUAUAUGAAUAUAAAAAAAAAAAAUCCUAAAAAAAUUAAUUAUUUGGUAGUUGGCAGAAAAGGGAAGCUUGACUAAGGUAAGAUGUGAGAUCAAUAGUAAGACACUGAAGUAGCUGGCUGGAUGGUGCUCAACUCUGUUUCACUGGAUUGUUUCAUGAUGCAAAAGAUCCUAGAUUAGAAUUUCUUUUUUUUUUUAGCAACUCAAGAGGGAUUCAUGAUCUUUGUCAACUCUGUCAGACACAGACAUUUGAGUGAUGAGUUUCUUACUAUAAAUGUUCUCACAAUUUCAUUAAAACAGCAGGAUCUGUUAACAAACAGCACAUAUACUUCAAUCCUAUAACUUAACUGUUAACCUGUUUGUUGAUGUGUUAGUAAAAACUGUGAAGCUACAGUUAUGAAUUAUCUAUGACCUGGGCCUGGAGUUGGUGCAGAGAAGACGGAAAAAAAAAAAAAAGAAGAAGGAAAGAAAAAACAAAAGGCAAAGGUGGAAGGAUCAGUUUGAGCCUCAACAUUCUGCCUGGUGUUUCUGCAGAAAUGUUUUUAAGACUGAACAUCAUUUGAGAAGAGCUGUUGCAGUGGUGGAAUGUCCUUAUUAAUAAUAAGAGUGGAGAUAAAAGUUGAGCGAGAUCAGCAGGUAACGAAUAAUGUUGACCAUGACCUUUUCAAAGGUCAAGAGAAUAAAAAAUAAAUGAAAACAUCAGUCCAAAAAAAACAUAUUCCCUGAAUUGGCAGAACGUGUGUUUUGAAAUUCAAAUAAAUAAUUUAACACCUUUGAGGCCGGAAUUUUAGACAUUCCUGAAUGUUUAAUUUAAUGUCAACAUUGGAGAUUUGAACUAUAUUUAAACGGAUGACAACGUGCACAACCCUGCACAGAGACAAUCCCUGUCGUGAUUUUGUCCAGAUCCCGAAUCUUGAUGUGAACAUGCAGUUUACCUGUGCUGUGCUGGACCAAAUAAAACUUGGAAUCAACCAAC